AUGGUUUCGAUUCCCAAUACCGGCGAGAUGGGGGUUGUUAAGCUGGUGGUAGCCCUGGUGGUGGUGCUGGGCACAGUGACCGUCCUUGCCGCGGGUCCCCGGCCUGAACCGCCGAGUGGUCCGGUCCCGAAAACCGGUGGACCCGGCGCCGACGGUCCGAAGUCAGUGGUGGCCGGAAAAAAGGCACCGCACGGAAAGCGUGAGGUCGCCAGCUACGGAUUGUCACUCUUCCCGCAGCAGCAGCAGCACCAGCAUCACCACGGUCGGUACAGCUUCGGAGGUCACCCGCAGCUGGCGGAGCUUUAUGCUCCGGCGACGAGCCACGGAGGGUACAGCUACAGCAUCCCCCAGCACUCGGCGGUCUACCCGGCGGCCUACGGAUCCCACAAGCUGUUCGUUAGUCCGGCGACCUCGAGCCUCAAGUACACGCCGGCCGCCGCCUCUUCGCACGCCUUCUUCUCACCGCACGGUCAUUACGGUUCGUUCAACGGGUUCAGCGACGGGCCGGUCAAGUACGGUAGCUUCGGCUCGAAGGACCUGUCCGAGCUCCUGAAGCAGCUCCACACCACGGUUGGCCCGCUCACGAUUAAGCCCGUGCCGAGCAGCUACGGGUCCGGGUACGGGUCCUUCGGGGAGCAUCACGAGCAUGUGUUCGACACGAACUCCCUGCACCUGAAGCCGGUCACGUUCAAGCUCCAGGAGCUGCCAUCCUUCCACGGUGCUCCCGUGCCCCAGGCUCUCACGGCGCCCGCCGGGCCCACUUCGAGCUCCUCGACGUACGGCCACGUGACGCACUCCCUCGGCUACGAACCCUCGUACACGCACGGCGUCAAAGGACUACGUCACUACUCCACCCCCAACGUGCCUGCCGGUGACCUGUACUCCGGCAACAAGUACGUCUCGUCCCUCGGGCUAGGACAACCAUCCCAGCACGGUGCCAGCAUGGUGUCCCCGCUGCACACCUCCGUCCACUCGGUUCUGGCCACCCAGAAACCCUUCAAACCCUCCACCUACCUCGGCUCGUCCCACGAAACCAUCUCGGCGCCAUCGAACGCACACGUCCACACCCAUCCCCCCUCGGGCUCCUAUCUGGCACCCUCGCUCCAGUACCUGCCGCCGGUCAACAAACAUCCGCUGCUGCCGCCGAAACUGAGUUACGACUCGCCCGCCAAACAUGGCUACCUUCCGCCAGCACCGUCGACCAACGCAUACCUGCCACCGCACGGUAAACCGACGAACACGUACCUUCCGCCGGUCGCUUCCGGUGGCCACUCGAACUACAUCCCACUCGCAGCGUCCGCAUCGGAAUCCCACGAGGAGACGGUUGUCCGCCAGCCGCUCCAUCAUCAUCACCAUCACCAGGAUUCGAACGAAAGUCUGGACUAUAGUGGCGCGAGUGCGGCUCCGACGCCGACCGCCGACACUCCGUCGGGCCACUGGAAACACUAG